AUGGUUGUAAAAGGUUACUUUAACGUUCAAAAAUUAACUUUUGCCAUUUGUGGUAUUGAUACGGAAGCCAGCAAAUCGGAACGUAUAAUCAAGCGCCCACAUCUCUGUUAUGUUCCAUUAUUUUUUGCCAUAACCCAUGUUACGGCCAUAGUCCACUACGCUUAUGUUAAUCGUCACGAUUAUGUUGAAGUAACCGAUUCUCUGGCGCUCUCGUGUCAAUCACUAUUGGCUAUAGUGAAAACGAUAAUAUUUAUCGCAAAGCGUGAGCAAUUUGUAAGCAUGAUACGUGAAGUGCAUUCGGGAAAUUUCAGGGCCGGUAACGAGGAAUUGCCAAUGAUACGUUCGGAAAAUUUUAAGGAUGUUACCUUCUGCACCAUAUACUUUAGAGUAGUUUCUUUUGCUGCUUUCACCGCUUUUUCAAGUCCAAUUUUGGAAGCUAUAUAUUUUUAUGUCACAACUGGAAAGUUGAUUUUACGUGUACCUUAUAAGGCGAGUUACUUUUGGCCUCACUCAAAAUUGCCUGGUUACUCCCUGGUAUAUCUUUGGAAUAUACUCAGCAUCUACAAUCUCUUUGGCAUAACAUUGGCCAUCGAUACACUAUUCACGUGGUUGGUCAGUAAUAUUUCGGCUCAAUUCCACAUACUCUGUUUUCGUUUUAAAAACACCGCCGAUACAUAUAGUAAUGGCAAAGCCAGAGAUUCAUUGAAAUUCUUGAAAAACAUUAAGUCAUGCAUACAAUUUCACAAUCAAACUCUUGAGCUGACUGAGAAAUUAAAUCAAGUUUAUGGUGAAAUUAUUUUCAUUAAAUUCAUCAUUUCCUGUUCGGAAAUAUGUUGUUUGGUUUUUCGCUUAAGUCGUCCCAGUGAAUCAAUGGCGGCAGCAGCAUAUCAGUGUUUGUUUCUCAUAACAGUGGCAAUGCAAUUGAUUUUGUAUUGCUACAAUGGUCAGAGGAUAAGAGAUGAGAGUUUGCAAGUGACGCCGGAAAUCUAUUUUGCAUUUGACUGGACUCAUUUACCAAAAUCAUGUAAAAAAUUACUUUUAGUGCCCAUGAUGCGCUCACAAAAAAGUAGUCAAUUAAAAGCAGUACUUUUUAUCGUGGACUUGAGUUUAUUUCUAUGGGUCUUUAAAACGGCAGGAUCUUUAAUAACAGCACUGAAGACUUUAGAUGAAAAUCAAGAUUAGAAGUGGAGAAAUGGAGUGUUAUUUUAUUAAAUCUAUUGACUAGACGAAGGAAUAAUUAAUUGACAAGGCC